AUGUCUGACUACGGCGGCGGUGACGACGAUGACAGAGUCGAUGAUGUCGGCGGCGACGAACCCAUGUUCGACGACGAGGAAGAGGUCGUGGACGAUUUCGACGACGAGGUCCCCGAAGACGACGAUGGGUACGGGAAGUCCCGCGCUGAGGCAGAAGAAGACAACGUCGUCAUCUCGGGCGAUCCCUCUGCCAAUGCCAACCGCGCGAGGCAAACAGAGAAGGCCCACAAGGACAAGAAGAUCCCCAACGAGGAGCGGAGCACCACACCAUAUAUGACCAAGUACGAGAAGGCCCGCAUUCUGGGCACCCGCGCUCUGCAAAUCUCCAUGAAUGCCCCGGUCUUGGUCGAUCUCGAGGGCGAAACAGAUCCUUUGCAGAUUGCCAUCAAGGAGCUCCGCGAGAAGAAGAUCCCCCUCAUUGUCCGCCGAUACAUGCCUGACGGAUACUACGAGGACUGGACAUGCGAGGAGCUUCUGCAAUAG